UUAUCAGAACAAUUAACGAUUAACGAAAUAAUAUGGACUUAUAAUGGUACAAUAUGAAAUCAAUUUGACCGUUUACAAAGAGAAACAUGCCGACGUCAGUGCUGAACUUUGAUUCGGAGGGUGAAUACUCGUUCAAUUAUGCUUCAUAUGAAAGAGAGGAUGUUAUUUCGCGUAUUAUGACCAGCAACAAGACAAGUAGCCAGCAGUUUAUUCUGUCAUCCAGCAGUACUUUACAGCCAGAAAGAAAUACCAGAGAACCUUCUAAACCAUCAAGAUGGCGUAUGCUUGUCAUCAUGCUGUCUUGCCUGUACCUCAACUACCUCACAUUUGGCAUGGCGGCAUGUCUAGGGGUGGUCUAUGUUGCUCUUAUUGAAGACCUACAAUGUCUUAGAUCGGAAGCAGCGCUUGUCCAGAGCUUAUACUUGGGACUUUCACUGGGAGGAACAAUUUUGUUUUCAAGGCCCUUGACCAAGUAUGACACAGGAUACUUUGUCAUGGUUGCAAACACAAUAUGUUGUACCGCCUUUGCAUUAUGUAUGGCUGCAAACAACAUCUGGGUUGUGUUAGUCCUGGUUGGGAUUAUUGGAGGACUCUCCGUGAGCGUUUCCUGUCUCUCUGCGGCAAUUGUUGUCAAUUGGACGUUUGGGGAAAACCGUCGGGUCGCCUUGAGCGUCCUCACGCUUGGAUCGGCUUUGGCUCAGACUACCUUACCGUUUCUGACCAACUUUCUUAUCGAUCAGUACGGAUGGAGAGGAUGUCUGCUGAUACUUGGAGGUCUCUUCCUGAACUCUGCUGUUUUUGGAUUCGUGAUACACUUGUCGAAAGACUAUUUUCAUAAACCAACACCUAACAAUAUAAGCAAGAAAAGUCCAGCAAUCUUCACUAUGAUAAAGGAUGUCGCUUUUCUUAUAUUUCUUAGUACAAUGUUCAUAUUUCCUGGUCUAGGACCAGUUGAACAAUGGUUUAUAGUGGACCUGAGCGUACUAAAAGGAUACACUUCUCAAGAAGGAACUGUUCUGCUCUCGCUUAACGGCGUAGCAGGUAUAUUUGCGCGAGUGUUCUCAGCAUUGUACAUCAAGUUUUACCCGAAAAGACGAUCAGAACAUGUGCUUUGCUUUGCUUUCUUGCUUUGGGGGUUGGCGCACUAUCUGAUUGUGACCGUACCAUAUUAUUGGGCAAUGUUUAUGGUCAUGCUACUUCGAGGGUUUGCAUCGAGUAUUGUCGUCGCGUUUAUCCCUGCGCUACAAAUUGCCUUACGGGGACCAGACGAUUACCCUAUAGUUGCUGCAAUGACGUUCUUUGUCAAUGGGGUUGGGGAAAUUUUAGGUGGAUUUCUUGGAGGUUAUAGUGCAGACGUCACAGGCUCCUACAAUCUGAUAUUCUAUAUUGCAGCAGGUGCCUUUGUGUAUGAAGCAUUGAGCGUAGAACUUAUAUCGUCAAUACUAAAGAAAAGGGAUCGGAAAGAAAUCUCGCAGACUUACGAGAAGUUACCAGAUUAGUUUAUUCUUUAUGGCAGAAAUGCUGUCUAAUAUCGGUGAUACUAAAGAAAAGGGAUCGGAAAGAAAUCUUGCAAACUUACGAGAAGUUACCAGAUUAACUUAUUCUUAAUGGCAGUAAUGAUGUCUAAUAAAGAAAUGAAAGUUCUAUAAUGCGUUAUACUGUGUUGUUUUCGUUUUCUGGCACAAGAUCAAUUAUCGUUCAGCCUUUUGCUAUUACUGCGACAGAAACUAUAACCGUGUUUGAAACUUUUGUAAUCAUGAUGUGUUGGGUGAUGAUUAUUAUUAUUUUAUGGAACAUAGCUAUUUUAACAAGGUUUUGCACAAGUGGAUUCAGCAAUAUAUGUUUAAGUGACACUCUUAUUCAAAAUCAAUACAUAAACAUGUAUAACAAACAUCAAUUUUGACAAAUAAACCUUUUACUACUUACUAAAUAAUACAUUUAUGGAAAAUAUUAAUUACUGAUAACAAGAUUGUAAUCAUGUAUUUAAUAGCAGAAAGCGCAAAAAAUAUUAAAUGAUUGGUGAAUGCUAAAAGAUUUACUGUGAUCUACUAUAGUCUCAUAAUGUAGAAAUACCGUGUUUAUGCUCAUUUCUUUCAAAUUAAACUUGGUAUCCUUCAUAACAACAACUGUUUUUUUCAUUUAUUUAUCCUUUUUGGGGUACUUUAAAACAAUAAUAUUAAAUGUGGUAAAUCUUAUUUGUGAGUAAGAGUGCAUCUUUAAUCAUCCAAAUGUUAACAAAUAAAAAAAGAAGUUGAAAUAAAGUUAGAUCUGUGUCUGUGGAAAUCAUAUUAUUACUAUUGUUGACUAUUUAUUUUAUAUCAUUCUCCCUGUAUUAGAAAGCGUUUAGUGUUACUCGCUUUUUAUUUUUGAUGCAUA